UUUGACGGGCGAAAAACAAAAGUGAAAUUAUUCCCAAAAGGAUAUGAGUGCAAGUUUAGUUCUUCUUCUUGUUGUUGUUGGUGUUUGUUGUGUUUAAUGUGGCGGUACUGCUGUAUCUUGUGAAAUUUUUUUUUCCAAAUAAAAAAAUUUACAAAGCAAACACACUUUAAUAUUAACAAAAGAAACAGAAGCUAAGUGAAUCACAAAAUAUUAUCAGUGUUAUUAUUUGAAAGAAAAUAAUAAAAUAAAAAAAAAAUAAGGAACUAGUUGUCAACUUUGUGGAUUUCCAUCUAACCGGAAGUGUAUGAUUGUUACAUCCAAAUGAUACCCAAUCAGUACAAGAUACUCCUGCUGUGGUUACGAUUCUUAACAAUCGUAAUCAGCGGAGUUAAAGGAGAUGAUCAUGUCGAUAAUUUCCCACCUGAAGGCUUCGAAGGAAGACUUAUGAAUCCAAAGUUAGAUCGUAACGGAUGGAAACCAUUAGGUCAAGGUGAUCCUUUGAAAAACGAUCCAACAUUCGAUUACAGUCCACCAGCCCUGGAAAGAGUUCGUUAUUGGGCUGAAAAUAAUAAAACCAAAGACGAUUCUGGCAGCAAAAGAAACAAAUCUGACAUACUACUCCUUGGAGUUCCGUCAAAACGAGAAAACAUGAAGAAAGAACAAAAGUAUACAUCAAUCCGUAGAAGCUACUAUGGAGGAGGAGGAGGAGGAGGAAAUCUUCCAACUCGACUUAUGCCACCACCAAUGCAAACUCUUCAGCCCCAAAGAAUGAAAACUACUACAACUGAAAUGCAUCACUACCAAACUCAAUAUCCAUCUACAAAAAGUUACUUUUCUUCCUCUGGCUCAGGGUCUGGUUCGGGUCCAGGCGGAAGUUAUCGCACCAAAUCCCCUUAUGAUACAAAAUACGCAGAAUCAAAUAACUAUGUGAGUUUUACACGACCCGAUACAAAGUAUUCAAAUAUUCGAAUAGGUCCGAAUGAUUUUAUCGGAAUGCAAUCUCCCCGAAAACCUUGGGUUCAUGAACUUCUUCAAAAGGAACUCAUCAAACCAAAGCCAAGUCCGGCCAAACCAAUUCAAACAACUUCGAUGAAAAGUGUUUUUGAAACACAUAGGCCGGAAGUUUUCAUAACAACCACAUCAACACCAGUUUAUAACCCACCAACAACCAUGCCAUUUGUGCCCACAACAACUACCAGUCAGAAGCCGGUAUAUCCUUCUUACAUGGCACCGGCUGCUUACGACACUUUCUAUCCAACUAUUGCACCAAUUGACAUUACAACCGAAGAACCUCCCCCGGUCAAACAGACCAUGAAUGGACAUUUUGAAGUUUCAAUGUAUCAAAUUAUUGAAGGUCAUUCUAAGGUCAAGACAUACGGUCAAAGUGACAAUGACACAUCGACUCAUGAGCCUAAAAUUGUUCCAAUCACUCCUCGUCAAGAAUCUGUUGUGCGUCAUGUCACUUCUUCCGAUGAUUUGCGCUUUACACAUCAGGUAAAACAUCUUCACACGAAAAAGAGUACCACGACAACAACAACCACUUCGACAACUACCACCACAACUGCCAAACCCUAUACAAUGAACAUGCCUAAGGAUGAAGUAUCUACCAGACCUCCAUCAGCUCCAGCUCAACAAAAAGCUCCAAUGCAAGGUUUGCUAAGUCUGCUCGAUUCUUCACUAGGAAACUUUUUCAUCGAUGAACCAACUGGAGAUGAAAUGGGAACCCUAUUUUCAGGACCAGCCUUAGACGAUACUGAGCCGACAAUUUUUGUCACAACAACAACUUCAUAUCCACCAACUGCUAUUGAAUUAGGUUCUCCACGAAGUUCUCGACAAAUUUUUGACUAUGAUCAAUUGCCAGAAUCUCGACUUAAAGAUUUAAAUGGAGAGGAAAUUGAUGAUGAAAGUGACAUAGUGCCCAAAAAUUGGCUAAGAUCAUCGGUUAGUGAAGUUAAGGCAGAAGAGGGUGAACAAAAAUUAGAAACAGAUUAAGAGAGCAAAGAAUUAUUACAAAUAUUUUAACAACUAAAAGACUUCUUUUUAUUAUAUUUUAUGCUCUAAACCAAAUCUAUUUUCAUAAACUUUAAAGUUUGUGGGGCACUUCAUUUUUUUUUUCUCAUUUAUAUUAUUAAAAAUUAAUAUUGAAGAGUACAAGAACAAAUUAAUGAAACAAAAAUGA